GCUUUCUCCCUCUCAUAUGAUGCAGUGAGCAAAAUGUCAUGAUUGUUCUAGGAUUCAUUUUAUAAGUAAAUCGGAUUCCCAUUGUUAUACACAGGGCUGACUGCUGUACAAAAAUAGGCUUAAAGGCAAAACAUCACAUCUGCUGAAUUUGCACAACCCGGUAGGUAACAAAGAUAUUAUGUUUAUAUGCAUAUAAAAAAACACCUUUAUUUUAAUUCUCUUUCUGCAAUGUUAUUCCAGGCUGCCAUGGCAUUUAAUGCAAAUUACCUUACACUCCCAUGAUGCAAUGCUUGUGAGAGACGCUAUAUAAGAAAUUUUUUUGAAGCACACUAACUACUUUGCCACAAAGCAUCUGAUGUAGUUCUAGGUUUGCAAGAUCCACCAUGUUUUCCUGCAAACGUAUUGCUUACAUGAAGUCUCUGAAUGAAAAGUGCUUCCCAGAAUUAUGGAGCAUUUAAACGUCACAGCUAGGAACUGGAGAUAUUAUUCCGGAAUAAUUCCAGAAAAUAUGCUGGAUCUUGCAGUCCCACGUGCAAUGUAGUCUGAAAUAAAACUUACUCCAGUUUUAAGUUUUAUUGUAUAAUGCGUUCUCUUGUUUUCUCAUUUUUGUAGCUGAUUAUGGACUACAGUUACCUUGCAAAUACAGCCAUGAAAAGCCCCGCCUUCCCACCGGAAUGGGACUUAAGGAGUCGGGAACCUCUGAUCUUCACACACUCUUACCAUCCACUACCUUACAACCGUAACACGUUGGAAGAGGUGAUUCAACAGGUCUUUAAAAGCCAAGGGUGAGCGAUCAGACCUGGAAGAAAUGGCAACUUCCUCAACCAAUCCUUGGUGGCCCCUCUGACACAUUGUCUUUGAUUCACAAUGUUUCAACACUUUGACCCUUAAAGCUUUUACUGGGUACAGCCACUCACUAUACACAAAGAGCAAUGUUGGUCAAGCAGAUCAAUAUAAACUGUGCAAUGAAAGUUUGUGUCUCUAUAGAGUACAGCAGGUUUGGCCAUUUAUAAUGAACAAUGGUUUAAUAUGCUCUGUGUUGUCUGUAAUACUCUUGAUGUUGAACCAUAUGGAGACUGUAUUCCAUACAGAUAUCAGAAGGCAGAAUCGAUCUGUGUUUUCCAAAAUACCAGAUUGAGUUUAUUUUAUUUUUUUUUUGUUCAUCCUGUAUACUGUUGGCACACCAAUUACUCUAUAUCAUUAGUAAUAAAUCCAGGCCAAAAGACAAACUAUAUAGCCCGUAAGGUUGGCAUGUAAACACCAGCUUGGGGGAAAAAGAAUUGCAAUUUGAAAUCCCAAAAUGUCCUGUUCAUUGGGACGGUCUCCUUAGCCUGGUUAUUUAAAACCCAGAAUGCACCGUUCAUGGGACCGUCUCCUUAGCCUGGCCAUCUAAAUCCCAGAAUGCACCGUUCAUGGGACUGUCUCCUUAGCCUGGCUAUUUAAAUCCCAGAAUGCACCGUUCCUGGGACUGUCUCCUUAGCCUGGCUAUUUAAAUCCCAGAAUGCACCGUUCCUGGGACUGUCUCCUUAGCCUGGCUAUUUAAAUCCCAGAAUGCACCGUUCCUGGGACUGUCUCCUUAGCCUGGCCAUCUAAAUCCCAGAAUGCACCGUUCAUGGGACUGUCUCCUUAGCCUGGCCAUUUAAAACCCAGAAUGCACCGUUCAUGGGACUGUCUCCUUAGCCUGGCUAUUUAAAUCCCAGAAUGCACCGUUCAUGGUACUGUCUCCUUAGCCUGGCUAUUUAAAUCCCAGAAUGCACCGUUCAUGGUACUGUCUCCUUAGCCUGGCUAUUUAAAUCCCAGCACUUGCUGUUGAUGCAGCUUAAUUGUGCUUUUCUUCCUAUUGCAGUCGGCCUUGGACUUCUUCUAAACUGAAUUCCUGAUCCCUGAUUAGCACAUGUAAUUUCUUGGCAGUGAUACACACAGAUCAUUGGAGCAUCUUGUGUUCACCACCAUGGUCUGUCAGCCCUUCCACAUCUGCUGUGUUCAUGUCUGCUAGAUAGUCUGUUCAAAGUAUUCAGCAUUUAAAGCCUUUACUUCCUCUCCAGCUGUCUGAAGGGAUUUUAAUUAAGUGCUUUGUUUGUCUUCCAGUCCCUCUUUGCUAAACAGUAUGAGAUAUCUGGGCAAUGAUUGCAGGGAGAAGACUUUAACCCUGUCUCCCCCUUACUGUCUGCACCUUCUACGAUCAUCAUUGAACUGGUCCCUCGUGUAUCCUGAUACAUUUACUAGAAUCAUUUUUAUUAAAUGAAAAUUGAUUAUUUUUUUUUAACAUAGGUGAAGUGUGUAAAGAUGGGGAUUUAUACAUUUAAUUUGUUUUCACAUCUAAAUAUAGUGAACCUAAUAAAAAUUCUGGGAAGGGACUGUUCCCUUCUAAUUGGUUUUCAUCCUUUCUUCAUAUUUGUAACCAACCUACUAUAAUUUGUAAAGCUGAGUAAACCGAAUACUUUACGUUUAUCACUUUACAUUGUUACAUGGUUACAUAGGCUGAAAGGAGACGUGUCCAUUAAGUUCAUCCUUCCUCACAUUAGUCAUUUGCUGUUAAUCCAAAACAAGGCAAAAAAAGUUUGACGCAGUUCCAAUUUUGCAACAAACUAGAAACCAAAAAUUCCUUCUUGACCCCAGAAUGGCAGUCAGAUGUAUCCUUGGAUAAAGCAGUUAUUACCCUACAUUGAAAGAUUAUAUCCUUGAAUAUUCUGUUUUUGCAAUUAUGCAUCUAGUAGCCUUUUGAACAUCUGUAUGGACUCUGAUAAAACCACUUCUUCAGGCAGAGAAUUCUACAUUACUGGCCUUGGCCACUGCUGAUUGACAUUGCACAUUGUUGCAUAGUUUGUUGUCUAUAACAAUUCCCAAGUCCUUUUCGUGUGUUGUUAUCCCUAAUUCGCUUCCAUUAAGGGUAUAAGUUGCUUGUGCAUUCUUUGCAUUUUUCUACAUUAAAUUUCAUCUGCCAUUUGAGUGCCCACUCUCUCUAUAAAUCCUUCUGCAGGAAAAUAUCUUGCUCACAUUGUAUUACUAUGCAGAGUUUUGUGUCAUCUGCAAACACUGCAAUAUGACUUUCAAUGCUUUUUUUCUCCAAGAUUAUUUAUAAAUGUUAAAUAGAAGUGGUCUCAAAACAGACCCCUGAGGGACACCACUUGCCACCUCUGUCCAGCUCGACAAAUUACCAUUAAUGACAACUCGUUGGACUCUAUUUUGUAAGCCAAUGUUCUACCCAAGAACAAGAAUUUUCAUCUAGACCGAUUUCUUUGAGUUUGAACACUAAUCUAUUGUGUGGAACUGUAUCAAACUUUCUCUGCCUUGGUUCAGAUUUUGAUUUUCUUUGUACAGAUACCAGUUACCAUUAUUACAAAAAUCUGUCUUUGUGGUGGAAAUUGCCCACUCCAGGUCUCCGAUGGACAUCACUCUGGAAUUGCUCAAAGAAAUUUUAAAGGUAAAUAAACAAAAAUUCAUGUGUGAUAGGUAAAGAUUCUUACAUGAUCUCAGGGUAUUGGCAUUUUAAGAACACUUUUGGGGGGGGGGGGUUUAAAGAAUCAAUUGUUACUUCUUAAAUCCAAUAGUUGGAGUUGAUCCAAAGUAGUCCUAUUCUCUUCACUGCUUACAAAUCUAUCGAUCUUACUCAUUUUAUUGAGACUUUUAAUACAUAUACCCUGUGUCUUCUACAAAAUUCAUAUUUAGUGCAGAGAAAUGUAAAGGUGUAGUAACAUACAUUCACUCACCGUAACUUACCAUUAUGGUGGGUUUAGAGCAUCUGGCCCAUCAGCUUACAAUUAGUAAGGUAUAAUAAGUAAAGGAGUAUACUGGGUGUGUUGCACAUUAAACAUAAAGUGAGUUUUUGAGAUGUAACUGAAGAGGCAUUGGGUUCUAGAGAUGCGGUCCAGGGGAUUUAGUACUGGAGAUGUGAAUCCACUGGUGGGGCUUUCUGGAGAUAUGAAUCCACUGGCGGCAUGGGCCUCUGCAGGAAAUUUUCCGGGGUGGGGGAGGGAUAAUUGUAAUGACAUCCAUACUUGGCCCCUUUUUGACAGUGUCAUGAAGGGGAGGGGCAUAGUCCUAAUGUAACGGAGCUCCAGUACUCCGACCGAGUACCUCCGCCACGUCUGCUUCCUUGUAGCUAUCAGGGACCCUGAAACACUUCAGACCCAGACGUCGAGGCUUGACUGGGAUCACUUAGGGACUUUUCCACCCUGGACCAAACACCAGAUGACACAUGGUGAAGGUUAAACAGCAACUCUUUAAUGAAUACAGCACACAUAGUUUAAGCCCCCGACAGCAUGGGUGCCGCUGAUUUACUAGAGUGGUCAGCUGAUGCUCUAAGCCAAUCAAUAGUUUCUAGUUUAUAAAACGGUUUUACUUUUUUAUGAAUGGGGAGCUUCUGAUUGGCUUAGAGUGCCAGCUGACCGCUCUAGGUAAUCAGCGACACCCUUACCCAGCGGCACUCAUUGCUUCCUGAAUCUCCGUAAAUAAAAGUGAACACAUUAACACUGAUUUUUUUUUUUUUUUUUUUUUUACCUGGUGAGAUGAGAAGGUCCAAAGUUUUCCUGCUAGGCCCAGGGACCAAAGCCUUAAUAUGUGGUGUCCAGAAUGAAGUGAAGGGAUCACUUCACUAGUCUUCUUUUUCUUCUGACACUGUCUUUUCUCCAUCUGCUCCUUCUCCUACUUUACCUUUAUGCUCUUUGCUGCCCUUUCUGCUCCUUGCUGUUCCUUUAUGCUACUUCUCCUACUUUGCCUUUGUGCUCCUUCUGAUUCUUUCUGCUCCUUUACCAUUGUGCCCCCUUCCUGCCCCUUGUGGGCCCUUCGCCUGAUCUGUAGGCUGUGCCCCACCCACAUCCCUCACUCACCUGAACUGUAGGCUGCCCCUGAAGUCUGGGAGUUGUUGGCUGCACUAUGUGCUUUUCCCCUGCAAAUUCAGUCAAGGGAGAGAAGCAGGGAUAAGAUGUAGCUUCUUAUCCCUGCCUCUCUCCUUAAAGGACCACUAUAGUGCCAGGAAAACACACUCGUUGAUCUGUAGGCUGCCUCCCCAUCCUUCACUCACGUGAUCUGUAGGCUGCGCCUCCCCAUCCCUCACUCACCUGAUCUGUAGGCUGCGCACCCCCCCACAUCCCUCACUCACCUGAUCUGUAGGCUGCGCACCCCCCCACAUCCCUCACUCACCUGAUCUGUAGGCUGCGCACCCCCCCACAUCCCUCACUCACCUGAUCCGCCGGGCUGGAUGGAGAGGAAGGGGUUAAACUUACCUCUUUCUCCAGCGCCGGGCGGGGAGCUCUCCUCCUCUUUGGCUGAAUGCGGCAAGAGCUGCGCGCGCAUUCAGCCAGUCUCAUAGGAAAGCAUUUACAAUGCUUUCCUAAGGACGCUGGCGUCUUCUCACUGUGAAAAUCACAGUGAGAAGCACGCAAGUGCCUCUAGCGGCUGUCAAGAAACAGCCACUAGAGGCUGGAUUAACCCAUUUAUAAACAUAGCAGUUUCUCUGAAACUGCUAUGUUUAUAGGAAAAAAAGGGUUAACCCUCAAACUUUAACAACACCCGAAUGUUAGGAGAUGUGAAUCCACUGGUGGGGGGGGAGUGUUCUGGAGAUGUUGGGCAGCUUGUGAAAAGUCUUAUAAAUGUGAAAGCAAGGAUUUGUUUAGAGAGAUGUAGUGAAAGAUCUUGACCUGUGCAUAGGGGACAAAUAAAGGGGUACUUAGUAAUUUUGUGUAGAUCAGGAGUGCUGAGGGCUUCAUUAUUUUUUAUAUUUUUCCUUUUGUAAGAUAUUGGAAAGCCCUCGUAUGACAUAUGGCCACUACUUGUUUGGAAGAGUACACCCAUAUGACCGAGGACUGAGAAAGCUCGGUAAGUGUCGGUACUAAUACACUAUGCAGGAUUUUCAUUUAUCAUUAACUUUUGCUACAACAAUUGGCAGUAAAAAAAUUUUAAUAAAAAAUAAACCUUAAUAAAAUUUUAAUAAAUACUUAUUAAUUUCACUAUAAAUCGUAAUUAAUUGAAAUAAUGGCGAAUGAAAACAUGUUUAACCCUGCUGUAGUUACAACCUAGGUACGUCUCUGCCAAAAAUCUGUUUUAUCUAACUUUAGCUCAAUCAGAAUAGUCGAAUGAUGGAACCCUAGUGUUUAACACACCAAACCAUUCAGGCACAUGGUUUAGGAACGGGCUUCCAUGCAACAGAUGGACAUGUUGCAUCGAAGCCCAUUCCUUCUCUUUAAAGGGACAUUGUAAUUGCUGGACCCUUUCUCCAUCCUUCCACUUGGUUUAAAAAUAUUGUUAAUGCUUAACGAGAGAUCCCAGCAAUCCAUUCCCUCUGUGCUGCUUGGAUUGAUGAGGAAGCAUUAGCCUGAGCAGCAAUGGGCAGCUGCGAUUGAAUGAGUGUCAGCUGACUGCUUCAGCCUAUCACUGAGCACAUUGCUGGAAUGAAUCGGUAUUGCUAGAAGGAAGUGUGUAAUCUGUCUUGGCCAUACCUCCAGUGGGGGCAGUGCUUUGGAAAGCCAGGGUCCAUCUUUCCGUGUUAAACUGCUCUGCUCAAAUGGUUUAACACUUCAGUAUUAAUGUCUUUGGACGGCCUGCAUCGGGGACUCAGGCACUAAAACCGCUUCAAUUAGAUUCAAUUAUAUAUUACCGGCAGCUUCCAUUUAAAGCUUCAUAAACCUUCUAUGAUUUUUUAUUUAUUUAUUAAUUUUUUUCACAAAACAAAAUUUAAGAUAUGUCAAACUAAUUUUAGCUCUAAACUUCCCAAAGUCUGAUACUGAUCUCCCAUCUCUAAAUUUUUACGUUAAUUGGUUUCCUCUUUUUCCUGCAGAGUCUCUUAAUGGUGUGACCCAAUCAUGGAGGCUGAAGGUGGAUACACAGAGCGGCCAUGAUCUUUCACAGGUUGGUGAUGGGCUUUCUGCCAGUGAGCCUGUCUGAUUUAUGCACCUGUGUUACCUUUAAAUUUCUGGGGGGCAUCCUUCCUGAUUCUAACCUUUUUAUAAAAACAAUCGAAUUAUCUCUAAAGUGCAACUUUCUCAGUUAGUAUUUUGGGGGGUUACCAGUGUAUAUAAUGGGGUCAUAUAUAAGAAUCACACCUAUACUGUUGUGUCCAAGUAAUCUUUCUGCCACUUUUUUGGUUUGGGGGAGGGAGCCCUAAGAGACCAGAAAGAAAAUAAAAAAAGUAUGAUGAAAAGGUUACAGUAAGAAAUAUUAUGGUGAAAGUAUAAUGGGUGAGAAGCGAAAAAGUGCAGAAAAUCAACCUAAAAAGAAGGCCGACGCUUCACACAACCCUCUGGGUGUUCUCCUUAUUUUACAAACUGUAUGUUGGGUAACCAUAAUCAGUCUUAACUAUAGGCAUGGCUUGGUGUCAAUGGCAAUCACCUCAUUAUGUCUGGAGACAAAGCACUGUAGGCUACUGAUAGGGUACUGUGGAUGGAUGGGUUGUUGGAAUCCUUCUGGUAACUAUCCCCAAAGUACAUUCAGUAGUAUCUACUAAAGUGAAUUCAAACUGAAUUUCAAAAUAGUCGAACUUGAAAUAUUCACUAGAUCGGCUAUGCUUUCAAUUAAAUUCACCGGGAAUUCACUUUGAACACUCAAUUCUAGUAAAUAGCAGAUUGUGUCCUACUGAGGAAGUGGAGUGAGAACUAUGAAAUACAAAAAAAUAUCAAACUGCCGUAUUAAACUUCCAUUAUGUUCUUUUUCUCUUAAGAUUAAUUUGUUCUCCAUCAAAAAGCUAAAGAAUGCGGUUAAAACAGAUCUGAGGAAGUACCAGAUUUACUUGACGGGUCUUAAAUCUCGCCUACGAGGUCUGGAACGGAGAGCGGCGACUGUGACCAAGGAUUUGGAGAGAGCUAGUGAGUUCCAGUCUGUAACCUGAUUUAUAUAUUUUAGACAUUUUAAAGGUUUACUUUUUGACAACUUAAUUUGAAACUUUGAGCUGAUCAUUUGCUCAGGUUGGUAAAGAUUGGAGUUUUAUUGUGUGAUCUGAAUCAGUCACCUGUAACCUGUUGAGCGUUGAUAUUUAAAUGGUUAUUCCAGACUCCAUGACGACUUCACUGGUUUAAAGUUGUCAUGGUGCCUGGCGUGUUUGACUUUGAAAUGCUGCAUAUACAGAAUUUAACCCCUUUUUCUGCCAGAGGUGUAACUCCAUCUCUGGCAGCAUCAUUUGGGUGUCAUAAGCCAGCCCGGAACUAGCGUUGUGGUUGGCUAAUGCCAAUGCUGUGCAAAUUUCAUCACACAGUUAUGUUGCUUGGAGUAACCAUUUAAAGGUACACUCUAAGCAUUAAAAUAACUUUAGCUUAAUGAAGCAGUAUUGUUGUAGAGAUCAUGUCUCUGAAGUUUUUACUGUUCAAUUCUCUGCCAUUUAGCAGUUGAAUUUUGUUGGUUUAUGCAGCCCUAGCCACCCCUGGCUCUGACUCGCACAGCCUGCAUGAAAAAGGGUUUAUAAGUUUUAUCUCCUGCGUGGUAAAUUGAACUUUUAUUACACACAGGAGGCUCCUGCAGGGUCUUUCAAACUAUUAACAGUGCAGGAGAUACAACAUUCUAGAUUAAACACACUGUGCAAUAAAGGAAGUGAAACAUAAUCUCUCCCUUUGCAGGAAUUGUUUAGGAAGGUUGUGUCACAUGCAGGGAGGUGAGAUUAGGGUUGCACAAACAGUUAUUUAACCCUUGAAUACUAGAUAAUAAAGCUGUGAGACUGCAGGGGCAUGAUCUAUACACCAAUACUGCUUCAUUAAGAUGAAGUUGUUUUUGUGCUUCUCUCCAGGGUUUGGUAUCCGUAGACAGAAGCAUGGCAUUAUGUAAAGUUUGGUGGGGGGAAACAAAACCCAAAAAACACAAAGGACAAAUCCUAAACUGGCUCCACAGCUUGACUAGACUUGAGAAAUUCAGUCCAGUGGUAAAACGUUCCGAUACUUUAUUAAAACACUAAAGUGUGAGGCAUUUAAUUUCAUAAAGUAUUAGAACUAUUUGCCAAUGGUUUGAAUACAUUAAAGAUUCUAUGGAGCAUGUAUAGGAUAAUUUAUUUUUUAAAUACAUAGCUGGGUGUGAAAAGGUUUUCUGUGUGUCUUUAAAGUGGAAGAGUUUUGUAGUUUAAUCGCAGUUUAGGAAUGACUAGAACUGAGGUUUGAGUGGCCUCAGUAGGUUUCCAUCCAGUUACCUGAUGUGUCAAUGUCUUAUUGGAGCCCCUUGCGGCUACCAACCUGGUACCAUGGAAGCAAUAUGGCGAGGCAGGAGGUAACUAGAACUAAUAACUAUAUUUGCAAACAUGGCUACUUAAAGAACAGAGCGCGAGUGCCAUAAAUCUUUCCCAAUAAGUAGGAUAGAUCCAAAGGCAAUGACACCUUCAGUUCUGUGCGUUCUCUAGAAAAUCUAGAAUCCGUUUUAGUUUUCCUUUUUCUAGAUUAGCUAUGGAUAUUUGCAGUUUCUCGAAAGAGUGGAAUGUUUGUCUUUCUUUCUGUUGAUUUUUUUUUCUUUUUUUUUUUUUCUGUAGACCUGGAGCUGGUGGCUCUAAAACAGGACCAUUGUAACCCAGAGGUCAGAGUGGGCAAAGGGGAAUCCUGUCUGAGAGCAGCUGGCCAUUUGACAUGUCAGCCGGUACUGGGCAACCACCAAGAUCAUCAGAGGAUAGCCCCAUAUCCGGUCUGUCAUGAGCAGUACCAGCAUUUAAAGGUAUAAAUUAAAUGAGAAAUGUGUUUGCUUGCAAACCAUACCUACCCUUCCCAAAUGCUCAGUUAUAGAGUAGGGCAUUCUAAAGUGUAACAAGACUUUGAUAACAAAACUUUAACAAAUAACAUCUAAAUGCCUAUUAAAGGCAGUUAUGCAAGUAAAAUAAAUGCAGUAAAUAUCGUAAUUUGAUUAAUUAACAAAAGGCAAAGUGAAAAAACAGAAGAAAAAUGUAAAUCAAAUCAAUAUUUGUUGUGACCACACUUUGCGUUCAAAACAGCAAUUCUUUUAGAUACACCUGCACAACGUCAGGGAUUUUAGAUGGAAUAUAAUCAGGUGCAUGAUUAAACAAUUAUUUUUAAGCAGGUGUUUUGUUAAGUGUUUAGACCUACAUGUUAAAUUGCUCUUUAAGUGAAAUAGCUGUGUAGGAGGAACAAAACUGAAUGUGAAACAGCCAAACUAACAAGGUGAGGUUGCUGAAGACAAUCUAAUGUCACAUUCUACACCAUGGCAAGACUGAGCACAACCACAUGUCACAAGAUAGUUUGUUAGCGAGGUCUCACCCAGGGUGUAGAACGUGACAUUAGAUUGUCUUCAGCAACCUCACCUUGUCUCAACUAUCUACUGUCUGGAGAAGUCUGGUCAGAAGUGAUCUUCAUUGCUGACUUGUGGCAAAAAAAGCUAUACCUCAAACAUGAAAACAAUGUCAACCAUGUAGGACAACACAGGAACUCUAAUGCAGAAAAAAUGGCAGAUGUCAAAAUUUCAAACAUUUGGCUGUGGCUGAAGGCAGUUUGUUAACCAAAAAGCUGGAUAUCCAUACAAUGAGUGUCUGUAGGCCACAGUGAAGCAUGGUGGAGAGUCGUUUGAAGGUUUGGGGCUGCAUUUUGCACAGUAAUGUAUCAAUAUAAUUUGUAAAAAGAUUGCCUAUCCUCCAACUUGUUAAUUUAAACAUGAAUUAUAAAGAUUGAUAAUGGAGCAAAAUAAAAUGCACCCUUGUAUCAUUCCAAGUAAUGAGUACCUCAGAUCAACUAUAAAAAUAUACAUUUAAAAAUAAAAUUAAAACCUUGUUACACUCAAAAGUAAACAAAUUAAAUUUCUAGACAGAUGUACAUGCCCGUAAUCGGGACCUGUAUGAUUGAAACAGAUACUCUGUGAUUAAUGUUCUGUACCUAAAGAAGGGUGGAAUAGUGACUUAAAGGAAACCCACACUGUCUGUGAUGGGCAUGUAAAUCAAUCUCCUCAUGGAAAAACAAUUCAGAGGUAAGUACGCCCAAAGUUCUGGAGAUAUCCUAUCGCAUUGAGAUCAAUAUUGAGUUUAGUCUUUGUUCUGUUCGUAAAUGCCAGUUAUAAAAAAGAAACAGUUUUAUUUAAAUCAAAAUUGCUCUUAUUCUCUUCAUAACUAAUUUAUUUCCAGUAGGAUAAAAAUGCAAAACACCAAUGGGGUACCAGAGGCUCAAUAAAAAUGUACCCUGGCUAAUGGCACAUAGCCAAAUCUGCUUUAUACGGUCUGUCAAUUUGGCAAUGUGCUGUUGGGCUUUGUACGAUGAAGGACCAGGAGCCAAGAUGGAGGUGCUCAGUGCCAGGACAGAAGUACCGACCGCUCUGAGAAUUUCUACAUUUAAUUUUAUUUUUCAUACUGCAGAAACACAAUUGUUAAAUAUAGGGAAAAUUUAAUAUAACAUUAAAAAUCCUAGGAAGUGACCGCUUAAGCCCUUCAAAUUAUUUGGUCUAUACAUCUUUCUGGCAGCUUCCUAUUACAAGGUAUACAUUUUCAUUAUUUAUUUCACAAGUAAAAUAUAAUCUUCAAAAUGUACAGAUAAUUGAAUCCCUUUUGACGUAAUUAAAAAAAAUACAACAAUAACAGUUUAACCGAUGUGAACUUACACCAGAAAUGUGGCUUUAUAGACUUUUCUCAAUAGCUACUGCGGUGUUACAAACUGAAGUGGGUUUUAUUCGAGUGUUCUAUAUAAUGACAGCUUGGAUCAUACUAACCCUCCACCAUAUUUUACUCCUAUUUCCUCAGUCAGAAUAUAUUGUUCCAAAAGCCAAUGUUUCAUCUUGAACUUCUAGUGUGAGAAAGGGAUUUAUCCUUGAUUGUGCUGGUCAGCUAAGUGCACUAAAAUCUGUAAUUUUGCCUCUCGUUCCUUAUCUAUAUAAUAUUCUAUCCCACAAUGUAUGUCCACAGUAUGAAGAGCACUUAACCCAAUACCAAAAACACAGUUGUCCACCUGGGAAAGGCCCGUCAGCCAGGAGAAUUAAUAAGGUUCAACUGAAGUCAUGUAUGUUGCAGUGCCAGGCUCAGAUUGAUGUAAGUAUACAAUUGUCCAGAGGAAUCUGCAUUAUUUGGAUAUGCUGAUACCUUGUGAGAACUCUAAAUGUCCAACAAAUUCUCGAACUUGUGUUUAUGGUUGGUUCUUCUCUAUAGUUGGACAAACUGGAAAUUUAAGGAUGGAUAUAAACAAGAUUUAAAGAUAUGAAACACAAACAAGAGAAUGGGGUGGGGAACCCACUUACUAGCGGUGGGUGGGGACCCACUCUCAUUCGCAAAUGCCUCCUAAUUUAAAAGUUACAUGAACAUGGUAAGAACCUUUAUUAUGAACAAAAAAAAAUAAUAAAUGAUACUAAAUACCCAUAUCCUAACACACCAUAAACGUGUAUAAACUGUGAUAAAGUGAAAACUUAUACCCAUUUAAAAGCCUGGGUAAUUUUAUUCCAGAAUACCCCUUAAAAGUGUAUGGGGUCCAAAAUGGCUAAUAGUACGCAAACCUAAAAAGGAUCAAAAUCAAGCCAUAAAGAUCCCCUAAACAAGUGGUAUGAAAUCUAAAGGUAUCUAGAUAUAAUAUAGUCCAUACAGGACUGUGUGUAUGCUGUCUGUGGCAAGUAUAUAGAUUGUCUUAAUGGGGCAGUAGGUGCCUAGCAGUGGUUCUGGUACCGAUGCCCAAUGGGACUAUAAUACAGUCACUUGUACAAACAUCUAAAGGUCAGUAGGCUUCUAAAGUAACCUCGCAAGGGUUGUUUGUACUAAAAAAUCUCCCUUUGUUGAGGGGAAAAUAAGAAGUGACAAACUGGUGUAGCAAGUGAAUGCUAGUGGCUAGGUGUGCUCACUGGAGUCCCUAAAGGGACACUCCAGGCACCCAGACCACUUCUGCCCAUUGGAGCGGUCUGGGUGCCAACUCCCACUACUCUUAACCCUGCAACUGUAAUUAUUGCAGUUUUUUAUAAUCUGCAAUAAUUACAUUGCAAGGUUAACUCCACUCUAGUAGACAGCCACUAGAGGGCACUUCCUGAUUCAUAGCAAAGAUUUUCUUUGCUAGAGCAUCGCUGGACAUACUCACGCUGUAUGAGGACCUCCAGCGUCACUCAAUUCCCCAUAAGAAAGCAUUGAAAAUCUUUUUCAAUGCUUUCCUAUGGGGAGACCUAAUGUGCGGGAUCAGUCUUGCCCACCGGCUGACGUGAUUACUGGGAGGAGCGACGCCGACCCGAAACCACCGCCGAGGGACAUCGGCAGGGUCUCAGGUAAGUGACCUGAAGGGGUUUUCACCCCUUCAGCUACCGGGGAUGGGAGGUGGGAGGGAGAGGGUACCUGCAGUACCUUGGAGUUUUCCUUUAAGGUGAAUUGAGCCACCCAUACAUCCCUCUAAUAUAAAGAACAGCUCCUAAUGGAUAUGUCACCCCACCAACUAAAGUAAGGGAAGGCUAGAGUAAUGAAACUGCAAAUACACCUAAAACUGUACAAAGUCAAUAGCCCCCCCCCCCCAGUCCGGGGCAUAAAGGAGCUACAAGGGAAAUUAUGGGGAAGAACGUAUCUUCCAACAGGUAAUAUAACAAGUAAGCAACACCCUAGACUGACUGUCUAGCCCAAAGGCAUAACCAGAAUGUCUGACUGCUGCUUCAAGGCAGCCUAGCAAUGUCCAUGUAGACCUAAGUAGAGGCUCGAGCGCAUAUUAAAUCAAAACCACAGCCAUCGUUGGAACCCAAGUAAAAAUAAAAAAAGGAAAAAUUAAAACUCUAUCAGUGUAGAUGCAUCGGCACAAAAUAGCUCGACGUGCGUUUCAGCAUUUCCACUGCUUUAGGGAAUCUUUAUGGCUUGAUUUUGAUCCUUUUUAGGUUUGUGACUAGUGAUGUCCCGAACGGUGCGCCACGGACUCCUCAUUGAGUAAACUUUGACCCUGUACCUCACAGUCUGCAGACACAUUCCAGCCAAUCAGCAGCAGACCCUCCCUCCCAGACUCUCCCACCUCCUGGACAGCAUCCAUUUUUCAUUCAUUGUGAAGCUGCAUUCUUAGUGAGCUGUCUGACUGUGAGGUACAGGGUCAAAGUUUACUCAAUGAUGAGUCCGUGACGAACCGUUCGGGAAAUCACUAUUUGUGUACUAUUAACCAUUUUGGACCCCAUACACUUUUGUGGUAUGCUGGAAUAAAUUACCCAGGCUUUUAAAAAGGUAUAGGUUUUCACUUUAUCACAGUUUAUACACGUUUAUGGUGUGUUCGGAUAUGGGUAUUUAGUAUCAUUUAUUUUUUUGUUCAUAAUAAAGGUUCUUACCAUGUUCAUGUAACUCUUUUAAAUUAGGAGGUAUUUGCAAAUGAGAGUGGGUCCCAUCCACAGCUAGUGAGUGGGUUCCCCACCCCAUUCUUUAGUUUGUUUCAUAUAUUUACCUUGGGGUCAAGCCCCCUAAUUCCCCCUGUAACCUCUCUGAGGUACUGGUGUUGGCUAGUCCAGCACCACAACCUUUCCAUUCAUUUCCAAUUUCAAGAUAACUAAUAACACCAUCUCAAACCUAUCCCAGUAGGGAAAGCUUAGUUCUCUUCUAUAACUCCUAUCAAGGAACCUCUUGAGGGGCCCAUCAGAGGGAUGUUUCUGUAGUGACCAAAUUAAUCCACUAGCCUGAUGUUGUCCCAGAUGAAAAGGUUGUGCAGAAUAGGAACCGGUUUAAAAGGGAUCCAAGAUAUUCUAAGCAGUUUGCGCUAUUUGGUUGCUGUCCACUGGUUGGUGUUUAGGAUUUUUUUUUUUUUUUGGCAACAUUUAAUAUGUGACUGGAUGUUGAGCAUAUUAUGGAUUUAAUUUCAGAUUUAUCUGUGUCUUUCUAGGUUCUCAUGGAGCAGGUAAACAAACAAAUUAAUAACACUGAAAUUGAUAUCACUGCCACCAAAAACCUAAUUCAGAUCAAGAAAACCAGGAGAAGUGAGAAUAGAAAACAUGGUUACCUGUAUAAUAAGGUGAGCCCUGGCUUGUCCUACAGCUCUAGAACAGUACUGUGUGAUCAGGUGAGCCCCGCCUUCUGCGUCAUACAGCUCUAG